UUCCCCUCUCCCAUCCAUGAUCCAACGUAAUUUCUGUCUUCUAAAUUUCUAUAAAUUCUCUUAAAUUCAUUUUUCCCAUUUUCUAUAUUUUUAAAAAUGGAUCAACUGAGUUCAAAAAAACGAGUUCGAGAUAACUCGGCCGAGUUAGAGAUCAACUCGCCGGAGGUAAAGCGACUCAGAGAAGAUCUGUUGGACGAUUUAUACGAUCCCUCCGAGUUUUGCAGUUCGAGUCAUGAUCUCGACUCGUUCAUGAAAAGCUUUGAAGAUGAAAUCACUUCGCCGGAACCGGCGAUGGCCGGAGUUUGGUCGGAGUCUGGGGAGUCUCAGCCGGAGUUAGGGUAUCUUCUGGAAGCUUCGGAUGAUGAGCUUGGGCUACCUCCACCAACUGAGUCAGAAACUGAGUUGUCCCGAGUUUGUACUGAGUCGGCGGAAAUCAGGAACGAGUUGCUGGGAUUUGAUGGGGAGAUUCCGGGUUAUGACCCGUUUGAUUUGGGAAUUGUUGAAUCGGAUCAAUAUAGUGCUAAUGUUAUUGGGGAAUAUGUGGUGUUAGAUGGUCUGUUUGAUCAUUCGGAGCUGGGUUUUGGGUCGGGUGAUUUUCUUUGGAGACCCGAGACUUUACCCGCUCAAUAGCAGAAAGCUUUAGUGAAAGAUACUGUAAAGGUUUAAUUUUUUCUUUUUAUAUCCUAUUAUUAUUUGAUUAAUUGAAAGGAAGAAAGAAUUAUGAAACAUAGAUGAUAAAUUUACUUGAA